AUGAACGGACUCAUUUUAGGGAUCAUAUUUGGCGUUCUUAUGAUACCUAUUUCGGUUAUUUCAUACAAAAUAUAUCUUCGCAUACGCGAUAAGGAUAAGGAUAAAGGAGGAGCCGAUGUGGAAAUAGAUAAUUGGGCCCGUGAAUUAAAAGCUCGUGAAUUAAAAGCCCGCGAAUUAAGAGACAGGAAAAUGAAAAUACUUGCUUUGACCGGUGCCGGUGGUGCAGUGGCAGCGACUGGAACCGGCACUACUACAAAUGUUGUUGUGUACAAUGGUUGUUGCUGCGGUGGUGGUGGUGGUGGUGGUGGUGGUGGUUGUGGUGGCGGUUGUGGUGGCGGUUGCGGAGGUGGUUGUGGCUAA